AUCAUCACAUCAGUCCAUCCUCCAACAACAAGUAACCAAGUUCCAUCCAUACACAACUUUACACUUCAAUCAAUUGCCCUCAUACCACAAUGCCUUCUCCAUUCCAGCAAAAGUACUCCACCCAGAGCCACAAGGUCUUUGGAGACAACACCACUCCAGCCAUGCCAGAGGCACCUAAGCAGGAGGCCGACCGUCGCUCCUCAGAGUCGUCAGUCGGCUCCUCAUCUUACGAUGGACGCCGCAGGUCUUCUGCCGCCCAGCGAUUUGGAAAUCUAGAAGCCCUUAAGCGUCGUCAGGACGAGGAGAGCAUGGCCCGAAGGCAAUCUUUCCACGACGCAUAUGGAAAGCCUGGCUUCCUUGGAACCCUGUGGAACAACUUCACUCGUGGUCCCGUUAGCCCCCCUGGCCAGAAGUAGAUUGUUCAGCGAUUUUGGUAUUUGUUUGGGUCCUCAAAGCCACUUUAACACACCAUGGUGGUUAGGAAUAUUUAGC